UGGACACAUUCAAGGAUCACAGUCCUCUAUAACUGUAACUACCUCCCUCUUUGCAUGUUCUAACACCUCGAUGGAUCUAGACGCCAGCUUGAGCUCUGUGGCACAUUACGUUCUCACCGCAUCAUCGUUCUCGACUAGCCUCAUCAGACAAAUGGCCACUAAAUGUAGGACAUGUGAUAUUAAAUUCUCUAGCCAUUCACGGUUACAGGAGGUCAGUCAUAACCGAGGGCACCUGAGGCUUAAUAUAAGGGAGCACUUCUACUAUUGUCAAACAUGUGUGCGUACUUUCAACGCAUUAAAGGACCUUGAAAAGCACUUCCAAACCUCCAUUAAACACGACUCGAGUGACCCAAAUGAGAAUAUGACGAAUUCAAAUACCUAUUGUCGUCAUUGUAGAAGGCAGUUUGCUACUUCUAAGCAGCUCAAAUCCCAUCGUGCCAAGGCGCAUCUCGCCAACGCGCAUAACAUAGCACAUACAGUGCGUAGUACAUCCCCAAAAUGUGAGAUCUGUGAUAAAAAGUUCCGUUGCCCUGGGGACCUGGCAAAGCAUCUAAGCUCACCAGUUCAUAACAAACGUAACAUACCCUGCCCUCAUUGCUCAGAAGAAUUCAAAACUACAUCUGGAGUGGCACAUCAUUUAGAGUACAGAUGUCUCAAGAAGAUCACUGAAGGAGUCAUCAGGUGGGACGUGAACCAUCUGAUCACGGACGUAGAAUAUACCGAUCGAAUUCGCGAGGUAGACUCGGAUGACGACUCUGGUGAUGAUGUUUUCGUACCAAGGCAUCAGCCAAAGCUUUUCAAGGUGCUUGAGGUCAUUGCCACUGAGGAAGCGUGGAGCCCACGCGAGCAAGCUUAUAUCUGCCCGAUCG